GAACUCUCAUUUGAUCCUCUCAACAACCUUGCCCGAGGAUUCGAACCCAGGCCCUCCGGCUCCAGUGCCAGUGUCCACUUAAGAGUCCAUUCCACCAAGCGGCAGAGAAGCGGGCAGAGGGGCUGCUGGACGACCCCUAUCCCCACCUUCUCUGUCUGGGGAAAAAGUUCUCAGCCUCCCGACUUCAUGUGAAAGAUGGCCAAUGCUGAAGUGAGUGUCCCUGUGGGGGAUGUAGUUGUGGUGCCGACCGAAGGGAACCAGGGGGAGAACCCUGAAGACACCAAAACCCAGGUGAUCUUGCAGUUACAACCUGUGCAGCAAGGGAUUUAUGAAGCGGGGUCGGAGAACAAUGCAGCGGUUGUAGCCGUAGAAACCCACACAAUACACAAAAUUGAAGAAGGGAUUGAUGCUAGCUCCAUAGAAGCAAACGAAGAGAUGGAAAUUGCAUAUCCUAUCACCUGUGGGGAAAGCAAAGCCAUCCUCCUCUGGAAGAAGUUUGUGUGUCCUGGAAUUAAUGUAAAGUGUGUCAAGUUCAAUGAUCAAUUGAUCAGCCCAAAGCAUUUCGUUCACCUGGCUGGCAAGUCCACCCUGAAGGACUGGAAGAGAGCCAUUCGUCUGGGAGGGAUCAUGCUGAGGAAAAUGAUGGACUCUGGGCAGAUUGACUUCUACCAGCAUGACAAGGUUUGCUCCAAUACCUGCAGAAGCACCAAGUUUGACCUCCUGAUCAGCAGUGCCCGAGCUCCCGUGCCGGGGCAGCAGACAAGCGUGGUGCAGACGCCCACUUCGGCUGAUGGGGGAGUCACGCAGAUUGCCAUUUCGGAGGAGAACAUGGAAGAGGCAGGGCUGGAGUGGAACUCGGCUCUCACUGCAGCCGUUACCAUGGCCACUGAGGAAGGGCUGAAGAAGGACCCCGAGGAGAUUUCAGAGGACACCCUGAUGUUCUGGAAGGGCAUAGCUGACGUGGGGCUCAUGGAGGAGGUGGUCUGCAACAUUCAGAAGGAGAUAGAGGAGCUGCUCAGAGGAGUUCAGCAAAGGCUCCUUCAGGCCCCCUUUCAGAUUACAGAUGCUGCUGUCCUCAACAAUGUAGCCCACACCUUUGGCCUGAUGGACACGGUCAAGAGAGUUUUGGACAACAGGAGGAGCCAGACAGAGCAAGGAGAAGAACACUUUCUCUACACUCUGACAGACCUCGAACGCCAGUUGGAAGAGCAGAAGAAACAGGCCCAGGACCACCGGCUGAAGUCUCAGACCGUGCAGAAUGUGGUCCUGAUGCCCAUGAACAAUCCCAAGCCACCGAAGAGGCCCCGCCUCCAGCGCCCCGCCUCCACCACCGUCCUGAGCCCCUCGCCCCCCGUCCAGCAGCCUCAGUUCACCGUCAUCUCGCCCAUCGCCAUAGCACCAAUGGGGCAGUCAUUCUCCGUGGGCAACCUCCCCAUGGCUACCCUCAGCCAGGGCUCCAGCCCUGUGACUGUCCACACACUGCCUUCUGGCUCCCAGCUCUUCCGCUACGCCACCGUCGUCUCUUCUGCCAAGACCAGCUCCCCCGACGCAGUGACCAUCCACCCCUCCUCCAGCCUGGCGCUGCUGAGCUCAGCUGCCAUGCAGGAUGGGGGUGCCUUGGGCAACAUGGCCACCGUGGUGAGCCCUGUGGAGCUGGUGGCCAUGGAGUCCGGCCUGACCUCUGCCAUCCAGGCCGUGGAGAGCACUUCGGAGGACGGGCAGACCAUCAUUGAGAUUGACCCCGCUCCAGACCCCGAGGCUGAGGAGCCGGAGGGCAAAGCCCUCAUCCUGGAGACUGAGCUGAGGACUGAGGAGAAGGUUGUGGCUGAGAUGGAGGAACACCAGCACCAAGUGCACAAUGUGGAGAUUGUGGUCCUCGAGGACUAGCUGGGAGCCUGGGGCCAGGAGACUCCUCCUUUGUUUGGGAUUUUAAUGGUUUGUUCAUUUUUACCACUGUCCUGCUCAUUUCCACAUAGGAUCUUUUUUUUUUUUUUUGGUUUAGUUUUGUUUUUCCAAUUUAAAAAAAAAAAAAAGAAGAAAAAUCUCAGUAAUGUGACUGAACAUGCUGGUCCCCCGUCUUCCCCUCUCCCCCACCAGGUAAGCAGUGGACAAGAUGAGUUGCCCUUAGAGGGGACGGGAAGAGACUACUCUCUUGCCUAGCCUUGCCACCUAGAAAGUUGUUUCAUUUAGAUGACCAGCACUGCUGUCCAGAAGGCUCUUCCCGGGCUGGCCUGUGUAUGAACGUUUUGUAAAGAUGCAGUCUGGAGAGCACGGGGCAUGGGGUGUUUGAUCUUGCCUUUGUUCUUGGGAGGGAAGAGUGGGUCCUCCGAGGGCCAAGGGAAGCCUAGGGAUGUCCAAACUGCUGGUGGGAAAGAGGAGUGUAUCAGCAUCUCUUUCAGUAAGGGAAGGGCUUUGAUUAGGCUCCGGGCAGGAAGGAUGGCUCAAAGGGUGCCCCAGCCCCGGAACCCCAGAGGGCAGCAGCCAAAGGUGUCCGUGGGAAGGGCCGAGGUGGGGGAAUGAGCCCUGGCACAGUGGCCCCAGGUAGGUCCUCGCCACAGGUAAGUAGCACGACAGAGGGCUGACAGCCCCCAGCAGACACCCCGAGCGGGACUCUGAGGAUGGGGCAGCCUUUGGGGGCGGACUCCCAGGGCUGAAUGCUGAGGUGCACAGAUGAUCCUCCUGCCUCUCCCCCCUCCCCAUUCUGUCCAGGGAUUUUGCUUUUUACAGUGGCAUCAGCCCACUUGUCCUGCCCACUCUACAGAUCUCUUUUCCCUCUGGUGCUCGUUUGUUUGUUGGUUAUUUUAUCCUUUCCCUUGUGAGCCCGUGCUCUGAAGCCAUCAUUUUUUUUCAUUGUGUAACUCCAGGAGCAAGAGAAUUCUCCAGAUCAGCUGCUGCUUUGACUUAGAAGCAUUUUUUCCUUUUUUUGGCUUUGGAAUCUAAAGCAGCCGCCCAAUUAUUGGUGCUUCCUCUGAUCCUUAUCAUCAUCCCUAAACCCCAGGUGGCCUCUGUCUUCUUAAAACCAAACCUUUCCAGGCUUUGGUCACCUGUUUGGAGAAGAGCUACAGCCUGCUCUCCCUCUCCUUCCCCUUCAUUUGAGCCCCUCCCCCCAUCGGUCCCCUCCUCAUUUCGUUUACUUCGGAUGCUGCUGCUGCUGCAGCUGCAAGAUAAUGAGCUGGUAGCAGCCUUGGGUCUGGGCUGGAACUGAUGCUGUAGCCGCAGCCCUCGGUAGGCACUGAGCAGAUGUCUCCUCCUGUGUGAGCUGGACUCCCCAGGAAAGAAGCAUUGUCUGUGACAUAUUGUAGGAAAUGUACCGGGAAUGUCAAUAAUAACGUCUCUGGGGGUU